AUGCGCCAAAGGGCUGAAAAUGUUUCUCGUGGAACCGGGGAGCUCACUGACCUCGGCGUAACGAAGGCCCUGGUCGAUGACAUCGCUUCCCAGAUUGAGGGAUCUGACAUCGAAGCGAUACGGUACCCGGCCACUUGGGACGACCCUGUUUAUGCCUUAUCUGUGGCUAAUGGUACCCAGCUUGUGAGGAAGGCCAUCACUGAGUAUGCCAAGACCUGUCCAGAUUCGAAGAUGGCGUGGUUCUGGUACUCUCAGGGUGCUCAUAUCACCACCAACAACUUCUGCGGGAUGCCGGCGAUCUGGGGAUUAGAUCAGACCGAAAAUAAGACCUAUACCAAACCGGAAUUGGGACAAAUUAUUGCCUUGUCGUAUCCUUUAUCGGAGGAGGUCACUAAAAAUGUCAUUUCUAUCGUUCUUUUUGGCGACCCUUCGCAAAGAAACGAUACUUCCUAUAACUAUGGAAGCUGGAACAAUACUGGUAAUGGAAUGUUCUAUCGCGCCGACACCAGUGCCUGCGAGGCGCUUGGCAGUCGUAUUCGAGCAUAUUGUGAUGCCGGCGACCCAUUCUGUGACCUGGGUAAGUUCAUCAAUGGAACUGCUCACAAAAAGUAUAUCGAUAAUUAUGGAGAGGAGGUGGCUCAGUUCGUGGUUGGAAAAUAUAAGAACGGUAGCUCGUCGGUCAAUGGAUCGAGCUCGACGACAAGCUCUUCCACAUCCACUCCCACUAAUGGAUCUGUGGGAUUUCAUUCGAUGUCAGUGUUUCCAUUCGCAGGGUUCCUGCUGCUGUAUCUUUUCCUUUAA